GCUACUGUUUGUGUCUUCAAGGAAUAGCUUUGUAACCAGGCCUUACGAAGAAUGAUGGCGGUCCCAAGUGGGCCGAAAUUCACUCAUUUAAAAGAUGAAACCAGGGACAAUCUGGUGGCCAUAUUGAAAUCGGUUCCAGAAAUGAAAGACCUUGUCAUUGAUCCUCAGUUGAUGAAACCAUUAGAUCACUUCACAGGUGCAUCUUUUCUAAAGGAACAUGGUGUUAACAAGAUAUUUAAAUUGGAAAGUGGUAAACUUGAAGUUGGUGGAGACAAGAGAAUUUACUUGCUGAGACCAGAGCUUUUAUCAACAAAAUAUGUUGCUGAUCAUAUAAAUAAUGACAAAAUGAGUGGGAAAAACAGGUCAUAUAAAAUUGUGUUUGUUCCAAGGAAGUUGUACUCUUGUGAGGUGAUUUUGGAGCAGGAAGGAGUGUAUGGAGAUGUAUCUUUUGAUGAAUUUCAACUGGGAUUUAUUCCACUUGAUGAAGAUGUACUGACGUUGGAAAUACCAAGCUUUCUCAAAGAUUAUUUCUUGGAUGGUGACCAAACAUCACUUUCUUUUGUUGCUUGUUCUCUGAUGAAUCUGCAGAGAUGGUAUGGUACAAUCCCAAGUACAUAUGGCCUAGGAAACUGUGCUAAGAUGGUUGGAGAAUUGCUUAAAAAUAUGCUGGAUGAGGAAGGAGACUAUAAACCUGUUGAUGGUCCUGAAAUAGGAUCCCUUAUCCUUAUUGACAGAGGAGUGGACUUUGUUACACCACUCUGUUCUCAAGUCACAUAUGCAGGAGUUCUUGAUGACACCUUUGGCAUUAGAAGUGGUGUGGUGGAGUUUGGACCAGAAGUCACUGGUAAAGAUCAGAACACUAAGAUGUUAUUGAAUGACCAAGACUUGGUGUUUUGUGACAUUAGAGAUCGUCAUUUUUCCAAUGUGUUUGGGUAUCUCAGUCAGAAGGCAAAGGAUGUUCAAUCUGGAUAUGAUAAACGACAACAGUUAUCAACAGUAAGUGACAUGAGGCAGUUUGUGUCUUCUGAGCUGAGAGGACUGAGACAACAACACAAAGGAUUAACUUUACAUAUUGGUGCUUGUGAAGUGGUACUCAAGACCAAGACUAAGGAGAACUUUGAAAGGAGGCUUCAAGCAGAACACAAUAUGUUGGAACUUAUAGAAGAUAAGGAGGAUAUUGAUUAUGCUGAAGAGAAUAUUAUCAGACAGAUUACUCCAUUUAAAACACUGCAGCUGUUAUGUUUGAUGUCCUUAACUCGUGGAGGAGUUGAGCCCAAAGUGCACCGUAGUCUAAAGCAUAAGUUCCUUCAGAGUUUUGGACACGAACACAUGCUUACAUUUAAUUCUCUCAAGCAAUUAGGGCUGUACACUGAACCAGAUAAGAAAGGCACCUUUAAGAUUCUAAGUAAACGACUUAGUCUGGUGCCAAAGGAUGUUGGUAAGAUUGAUCUCAAGAAUCCGCAAGACAUGUCGUAUGUCUUUAGCGGUGCGUACACUCCUAUUUCCUGUAGGCUGAUUGAGCAGGUCCUGCUGAAUGGUAUAUCUACAUUUGAAGAAAUGUCCAGAUUACUGGGUGUUGAGUAUUUUUCGUCGCGAAUGACAUCUUCUGUAAAAUCAUCUUCUGUUCAUGGAACAAGAGCAUCCAAAUGUGUACUGGUUAUGUUUCUCGGUGGUUGUACCUUCUCGGAGAUUUCAGCGCUCAGGCUUCUGGCGAAAAAGUUAGGAUAUCGAAUAAUAGUGGCCACGACAUCAAUUUUAAAUGGAACUCGACUUUUGGAGUCGGUCACAGAAACCAAUCGUAAAUAGAACUCCGUGUAAUAUACGGGUUGUUUUUUACUGAUCGUGUCCCAUUAUCAUUGUCAUGGACAUGACACCACAGUCGAUGCAAAACUUCUGAGACACAAGAAGCCUGGCCAUGAAGCCUGAUCAUGAGGCGGAUUUACCAGACCUUUGCCUGCAUCUGAAAUUCCACGGAGUUUACAACCAAUGUUGACCUCAAGUUACUUUAAGGUUACUCCAGAACUUCACAGGUCAACCUGUGGGUCUCUAAACUUAUGAAUAUUGUUCUCUUACUAUUCAUUUUCAACAUUGGCAUUAUGUGUUAUUAUUUUUGAGAGAUUUUAAGAAAUCACUUAGGAACGAACGAAAAGCGGAAGAUGACCUCAACUGCUCCUAAUUCUGUUUUCAAUUUCAAACAUGACGUUGUUGAUUAAAAUUUGUGAUACACUCCGGGGCGAGCGCCCAUAACUAAGUUGUCUAUUUUUACAGACACAAACGAUCACAUAAGAAUAUAAUGUAGAGAUAUAGAUCUUAUCACAUAAGAAUAUAAUAUAGAGUAGCCUCUUAGAUAGAAAUCCAUUCAACUUUGUAAUAGAAAAAAACUAAUUUAUUAGAACCACAAAUUGUUAUAAAAUAAAUAAA